AUGGCGGAUCCAACCCCCAGCGUUAAUACGGCUGUGACUCAGGCUACUGAGGAAAGCCAGGCUCCUAGUGUUCAAGAGACCCCACCAACACAGAUUUCCGAGAGUCAAGCGCCCGAUGUUUCCCAGAGUCACGUCCUUGCACCCGCAUUGACCGAUGACGAGCUCGGCUCACUGUUCGGGGACGACAGAGAGCCUGAUCUCGAGGACGAUGACAUCCCGGCACCCAAAGAGGAUUCUGUCGUGCAUAUUGCCCAGGGAUUUGACGAGCAAGACUUCAACGGCAUGCAAAUUCCGGACGAUGAGCUUGCACCUCAUGCUGGUACCCAGGACUUGGGCUCGAUUGACGACUUGGAGUCCAAUCAAGACGAGUUUCCGGACUUUGACGAGACCAUGGCUGAAGUUCAGAGCCAAGAUCAGUACAGCGAAGAACUACACGAGGAGCAGGUAAACGUGGACGCCAUGAACGGCGUCGAGGCCCCGUUUCAGGAGCACAACAUCCGCCCCCAGUCUCAAGAGCAGGGGAGCAACAUGGAGGAUAUCCAGCAUUCGCAGAAUCGACAAGAAGGCCCUCUAGUUCGCGUGCCUGCUAUCCCUGACACACCCGAAUUGGAGGACCCGGCUCCCACACACCAGACCCUAAUCCAUGAGAUCAAUGAUGAUGAGGACAGUCUCUUUGUGCCAGACCAACGUCUUCCCUCUCCAGGCCCAGGCUUUUCCAGUAGACCUUCCUUGACUCGCGGUCUCUUCAACAGGUCAUCUGCUACUCCUGGCCCGUUGAAUAUAUUGACCGCGACACCAAGUUUCGCCGCUCAGCCUUCUUCGUCUAGCAUGUUACCCACGCCUGUUUCUGCUUCGCGGUCUCCUUCAGGGCCAUCGAGAUCUGUCUUCAACAAGAUGCGCCAAUUGCAGAGGAAAUUCAGUCAAGAUAGGGCUGCUGCUAGCAGACCGCCGCAGCUUGCUCAGCCUGCGCCUGAUGGAGGAACCUACCUGGAUGCCAUUCUUUCGCAUGCCCCUGGUCGGCAAACGUCUGCUGGUUUCUCCACAGCCGGUGAAGAUAAUCAUGAUAGGGCGGAACGAGAGGCGCAAGCUAAGUAUCAGAAUCAGAGGAAGCAUUACGAGGAGGUCAAAAAGAAGAAAGGAAAACUAAACUUCGCAGAGGACGUUGCGUGGAUGAGGAUUCGCUCUGAAGAGUCAGCUCGACUGCGUAAGAGGAAGCGCGACCAAGACAUCGCGAGACAAGAGAACGGCGAAUCAGAUUUAUUCCCCGACACCUUUAGAGCAAGAAAUGGCCCUGACGAUGGCCAGGAUGGAGACAUGUUCGACGACGACCCUGCUGGCUCUUCUCGCAUCCCAGAACCAUCCUCUAGACGCGCUUUCCCCUCGAUGGCGGAAGCAGAGCUUCGUAGCAUGCAGGUUGCACUUCAAGCCAACGGAGAUAAACCGAGCAAGAAGAAGAAAGGAGCCAGCAUAUCCGAGCAAGCGCAAGAUAUGGGGAAGGGUCGCGGCCGAUUCAAGGGAUCUAACUUCAAAGCUUUUGGUUCAGCUUCAGGCACGCCCGCGAAAGCAGGCGUACGCAAGACUAUGAAAGACAAGAAAGCAGCGGAAAACGCCACCCGCCUACACCACUCACUUAUGCAUUCCGACGUCUUCCGCCAGCAGGCUAGCGAGGACGCUCCCGAACAGCCGACCUUCACAUCCAAGAAUAAGGCUAGUGCGCUGAAGGAGCUAAUUGCGAGCGUGCCAACCGAGCACCAGAAGUCGGCGAAAGAUGACACGGCCGCUUUGCUGCGAGCUACCAAAGACUUCGAUGGUCGGGGUUCUUGCAAGGCAGAUGGUAAUGGUAUGUGGAAGGUGAGAGGCAUGCCGACCAGCUUGAAGCACUAUCAGGUUAUGGGCACGGCCUUUAUGAGGCGACGCGAAAAUGACAUCCGAGAGCCUCGCGGAGGCCUGAUGGCUGACCAAAUGGGUCUCGGGAAAACGCUCAUGAUGCUGGCGAACAUUGUCAAUGGCCAGGGAAACAACGACGCUGACUGCAAGACUACGUUGCUCGUUGCCAGCCCUGCUCUACUCACCCAAUGGACGCGCGAAAUCGAACUGCACACACGUUGUGGACUCAGUGUGAUGAGACACACUGCAGGCUCGCGUAUCAGUUCUAACUGCGCGUUUCAGACCUUCAAACAACACGAUAUCAUCCUAACCACAUACCACGAGGUGCUUCGGAGUUAUCCCAAGAAUGACCCUCCUAUCGAAUGCCAGACUGCAGAGCAGAAGAUCGCUUGGUGGGCGAAGGUGUAUGAGGAGGCCCGGGGACCCCUUCACCGCAUGAUGUUCCAUAGGAUCGUAUUGGACGAGGCCCAAGCUAUCAAGAACCACCUCAGCAGGACUUCGCUCGCGUGCCGCGCGUUGAUGGCACGCCAUAAGUGGGCGUUGAGUGGCACACCUAUCCUCAACAGCCUGACUGAGCUCUACUCGUACUUCAAAUUCCUUGGUGUCCCAUAUACUGGCAGCUUCAAGAUCUUCAAGCAUAACUACGCAGACCCCAAAGAGCCCGAGAGCAUCGAGCGUUUACUUAUUCGACUAUCACAAUUUAUGAUUCGCCGAGAUCAUUCAGACAUGAUGAUGAAUGCUCCCAUCUUGAAACUGCCUCGAGCCUCCCAAAUGACUCACUGGUGUGAGUUCAACUCAGUGGAGCGCAGCAUCUACGAAGUCGUCCGCCAGCGCUUCGCAAAGCGAAUCAACUUGGCAUCAAGGCAGAACGAGUGGGAGAAACAAUACAACAACGCCUUGGUCAUGCUUCUACGACUACGACAACUCACUGCACAUAUCCUGAUGCUCCAAUUGGUCGUACAGGAUCUUUUGGAGCAAGAAGAUAUUGAAAAGAUCCGUGAAGUGGUUCAACAAGAAGCGACCGAGCAGCGGGGCAGGAAGGGUAGGACUAUCCUGGCUAUCCGCAAGCAACUAGACAACCUUGAGGCGGAAGCAAAGAAGCAAUCCGCAAACAAGUCGACGAAUCGCUCGAAGCCUUCGAAACGGCCGCUGCCGUAUCAAGACGACGAAGAUCUAGGGCAGCGUGAUAUCGAAGAGCUGCUGGACGAUAGCCAAGAAUCUGAGGAUGUCGAUCGACCGGCCCAUGGUCGCUCACGUGCUAGUGGCAAGACCUUCGGCAAGACCUUCGACUUCCGACCUUACUUGAACAGUUUGACGAGUGGCGAGAACUGGCAGAGAGUCAAGAAAAAGGCCGUGUGUAGUGAUUGCGGCGGUGCGCCGUCCGAUGCUUGGCUGACUAGUUGCGGUCACAUCUUAUGCUCUAGCUGCUACGACGAUGCGGCGAUUCUAGCAGCAGAAGAGGAGAGGGCAAACAGCACCUGUAAAGGCUGUGGCAGCGUUUUCACGCAUGCUAAUGAGAUACAACAAGACGACGACGUACUCGCAAAUGGGCCAAUGACGCGCGCCAAGAAGAGGCAACACUCGAAGGAGGUUCAGCAUAUCGAGCAGCAGGACAUCGCAGAGGAAUGGCUUUCCCUAGGCGGCGAAGGAGUUCUGCCUUCUGCGAAGACGAUUGCACUCAAGGCUCAGCUGCUGAAUUGGUAA